AUGAGCCGUCAGGGACAUCUUCACUUUGAAGGCACGGAGGACGAGGUGGAGGAAGUCCUUAUGGAGUCGCCCAAGCGCCCUUCCGGGAAGUCCCGCUGGUACUUGGCCGGAGCAGGGGUGUUGGCGGUUCUGGCGGUUGUGGGGAUGGUUAAAGCCGUGUCCCACUCAGCCCUGACCUUUGGUUCCAAGCAUACUAUCAGCAUGCAAGAGGUGCAGCAUUGGGAGGACAUCCCGGGCAUCGACAAGGUCAUCCAGAAGGCUCAGAGCCUGAGGCAUGACAG